CCUUAGUAAAAUAUUCAUUACUUAAGUAUAUUACACUCUUCAAUAAGGUGAAACUGAUUUCUUCAUGAUUAUAAUGGCCUCCUUUUGGUUUCACUUAGGAACACUCAUCAUCAUGGCUUUCAUGGCCUCACCUUUGUUUUGUUUAUCUCCUCAACUUAAUUCUGAUGCUUCCACUAUCUCAGCUAUACCAUCAUUCUUGACAAACUCUCCCCUAUCUCUAUCUUCUUUCCAAGAAAUAUCCCCAGACAUUGCUCCACUUUUGCCUUAUCCUGGUGGUGCAGUGCCUGCUCCAACUGGAUCAUCCAUAGCCACCAUUACUUCAAGUCCAAGCCCUCCAAAUCCAGAGGAGUUGGGUGCACCUGGCCCUGAUUCUGCCUUUCUGCCAUCGGGGUCAUUGCCGGCUUCCUCUGCAGAAUCUAAAAUCCUGUUUUCGUAUAUAAACACUGUUUUUGCAGGUUUAGCUGCAUAUUGGUGUCUGCAGCCACUGAAGAUGUAGUUGUUGAGGGGCUAAAUGACUCCAUUAGUGUUGUAGCUUCCACUGCUUCCUACUCCCUGUUGAUGCUAAUCUUUCAUUCUUUUCAGCAUAUGAUACAAUGUAUGUAGUUCUUGUCUUCAGAUGAGUGUGAUACUAGUGCAAUUGUUCCAUUGUGACUAUAAUUUGUUGUUUUGAUUGAUUUUUUUUUAGUAAAAUGAGAUGUAUUGUUGAGGGAUCA